GCGCUGUUUGUCCCUCCGGCCGACCCGUAGUGUUCGCUCCUCCUGGCGCCACCAUGGAGGGCGCCGCGGCCUCCGCCGAGGGCCUGCGCUACGCCGAGUACGCCCGGGCCCCUACGGGCGCCGGCAAGGGCCAAGCCGAGCUGGACCGGGGGCUGGCCAGGACUAUGAUAGCACUUGGACUUGGCAUUGCAACUGUUGCGUUUGCAGGUCGUUACGCUUUCCGUGUUUGGAAACCAUUGGAGCAGACAAUUACAGAAGCAGCAAAGAGGAUUUCAACUUCUAGUCUUUCAUCAUACUAUAAGGGAGGAUUUGAACAGAAAAUGAGUAGGCGAGAAGCAAGUCUUAUUUUAGGUGUAAGUCCAUCUGCUGGCAAGGACAAAAUCAGAACAGCGCAUAGGAAAAUCAUGAUUUUGAAUCAUCCUGAUAAAGGUGGAUCACCUUACUUAGCAACAAAAAUAAAUGAAGCAAAAGAUUUGUUGGAAUCCAGUGCCAAAAACUGAAACUCGAAAUCUUGGGUCAUAGGAGAUUCAGCAGAUACAUUGUGCAAUAACUUCAAUGUCUGCUUGUUCUGCAGUUUCUUUACACUGAUUGUUCAUAUUUAUUGUCAUAAUUAUAAUUAAGAUUAUUUAAAAGCAAACUAAAAUCUUCUACAGUUACGUAAAGUUAUGUACAGUUAUGCCUCUGCAAGGAGCAGGGAGUUGAAAUGAUGAUCCUUAGGGGUUCCUUCCAACUCAAGGUGUUCUAUGAUUCUGUCUGAAUUUUAGUGUCUUCUUACUGAAUUAUAAUCCCUUACAGGUUUGAAAAAGUUAUUUUAACUGUGUUCUUUUCAGAAGUACCUUUUUGUUUCUUUUGUAAAUUUUGGAUCUUUUAAAAUAAAGAUUUAAAACCAAUCUUUAA